CAGGGUGGCUCUGGCACGCAAAUGUCACUUGUUUUUAAAAGCGCCGCCCGGGAGGUGCCGAGCGGCCCCAGUUAUGAACAAGCCUUCGCUGUAGCACCGCUGCUUGGCCGGCGGCGCCGAGCGGGCACCGCCGGGUCAAAGGCAGUGCGGGACCGCGCGGGAAGAACCAGCCGGACACGAUUUGGGGCACACAGCUUUAUUUACCGCCGAUCCCGAUCUCCGCACGGGCCCUGCAAGACACAGAGGAACACCAGCUCAGUAACUGUGCCAGAAACAUUGCUGUUUGUCUCAACCCUGGAUGGCAGUUUGCAUGCUGUGAGCAAGAGGACAGGAGCCAUCAAAUGGACUUUAAAAGAAGAUCCUGUGCUCCAGGUGCCGAUACAUGUGGAGGAGCCAGCAUUCCUCCCAGACCCCAAUGAUGGCAGUUUGUACACACUCGGGGGCAAGAACAGUGAAGGCCUGACUAAACUUCCAUUUACUAUCCCAGAGCUGGUGCAGGCAUCUCCCUGUCGCAGUUCUGAUGGGAUCCUGUACAUGGGUAAAAAGCAGGAUAUUUGGUAUGUGGUUGACCUCAUGACUGGGGAGAAACAGCAGACCUUGACUUCCUCCUUCACAGAAAGUCUUUGCCCAUCAACAUCCCUCCUGUAUCUUGGCAGAACAGAGUACACCAUCACCAUGUAUGACACCAAGAAGAAGGAGCUGCGAUGGAAUGCCACCUAUUUUGACUAUGCAGCUACUCUGCCUGAUGAAGACAUAAAAUACAAGAUGUCCCACUUCGUGUCCAACGGGGACGGGCUGGUGGUAACGGUGGACAGCGAGUCCGGGGACGUGCUGUGGAUCCAGAACUACGCCUCCCCCGUGGUGGCCUUUUACAUCUGGCAGAGGGAGGGGCUGAGGAAGGUCCUGCACACCAACGUGGGCAUCGAGACCCUGCGCUACCUGACCUUCAUGUCCGGGGAGGUGGGACACAUCACCAAGUGGAAAUACCCCUUCCCAAAGGAAACGGAGACCAAGAGCAAGCUGACCCCAACCCUGUAUGUGGGGAAAUACUCCACCAGCCUGUACGCAUCGCCCUCCAUGGUGCACGAGGGGGUCACUGUCGUGCCCCGAGGCAGUGCCAUACCCCUGCUGGAGGGGCCAAAAACAGAGGGAGUCACCAUCGAGGACAAGGGCGAGUGUGUCAUCACCCCCAGCACGGAUGUGAAGUUCUCAGGGAGGCUGAAGGACAAGCACAAGCUCAACUACUGGAACGACUGGCUGUUGAUAGGGCACCAUGAAACACCAUUAUCUGCCCCUACAAAGAUCCUGGAGAAAUUCCCAAGCAACUUACCUAAGAGACCUGAAAACGUGAUUCCAGCUGACUCUGAGAAAGCCACUAUUGAAGAGGUCAUCGGCAUCGUGGAAGGUUCCUCCACAGAAGGGUCUCCUGCUGCCCCACAGGACAUCGAGGAGGCUCCUGCCCGGCCCCUCCCGCGGCCGGAGGCUCCAAUGGACUCCAUGCUGAAGGACAUGGCCACCAUCAUCCUCAGCACCUUCCUGCUCGUGGGCUGGGUGGCUUUUAUCAUCACCUACCCCCUGAGUGUCCAUCAGCAGCAGCAGAGGCAGCAUCAGCUGGAGGAGAAGAUCCAGCUCUUGCAGCAGCAGAAGCUGCCCUUUGGUGCCCCCAGUGACCUCCCCCCCGAGGCGGAUUUCCUGGACACAUCGUACGGGCGCACGGAGAGCUCAGCUGGCAGCACCCCAAACCUGUCCCCACGGGCUUCCAACCACUCUGCCUAUUCCAGCAUCUCCACAUCCGACGGCGGGAGCUGCCUCUCCACUGAGCAAGAGGAGGGAGAUGAAGAUGCAAACCGAGUGAUGGUUGGCAAGAUUUCCUUUAACCCCAAAGAUGUACUGGGACACGGAGCUGAAGGGACAAUUGUUUACAGGGGCACCUUUGACAACCGCGAUGUGGCUGUGAAGAGGAUCCUCCCCGAGUGCUUCAGCUUCGCAGACCGGGAGGUGCAGCUGCUGCGGGAGUCGGACGAGCACCCGAACGUGAUCCGGUACUUCUGCACGGAGCGGGACCGGCAGUUCCAGUACAUCGCCAUCGAGCUCUGCGCGGCCACGCUGCAGGAGUACGUGGAGCAAAAGGCCUUCAGCCACCGUGGCUUACAGCCCAUCACUGUCCUGCAGCAGACAACGUCUGGGCUGGCGUACCUGCACUCCCUGAGCAUUGUCCACAGAGACCUGAAGCCCCACAACAUCCUGAUCUCGAUGCCCAAUGCCCACGGGAAGGUCAAGGCCAUGAUUUCAGACUUCGGGCUGUGCAAGAAGCUGGCGGUGGGUCGGCACAGCUUCAGCCGCCGCUCGGGCGUGCCGGGCACCGAGGGCUGGAUCGCCCCGGAGAUGCUGAGUGAGGACUGCAAAGAGAACCCUACCUACACCGUGGACAUCUUCUCAGCUGGCUGUGUCUUCUAUUACGUGGUGUCAGAAGGUGGCCACCCCUUUGGCAAGUCCCUGCAGCGGCAAGCCAACAUCCUGCAGGGAGCAUACAGCCUGGAGGCCCUGGAUGCAGGGAGACAUGAAGACAUAGUUGCUCGUGAUUUAAUCGAGCAGAUGAUAAACAUGGACCCUCAGAAACGGCCGUCUGCCAGCUGUGUGCUGAAACACCCCUUCUUCUGGAGUUUAGAGAAACAGCUCCAGUUCUUUCAGGAUGUCAGUGACCGGAUAGAGAAAGAAUCUUUAGAUGGUCCAAUAGUCAAGCAAUUAGAAAGAGGUGGAAGAGAAGUGGUGAAAAUGGACUGGAGAGAGCACAUCACUGUUCCUCUUCAGACAGAUCUUCGAAAAUUCAGAUCCUAUAAGGGAGGCUCAGUACGGGACCUUCUGAGGGCCAUGAGAAAUAAGAAGCACCAUUACAGGGAACUCCCUCCCGAAGUGCAGGAGACCUUGGGCUCCAUCCCAGAGGACUUUGUGUGUUACUUCACAGCUCGGUUCCCUCGCCUGCUCCUGCACACCUACCACGCCAUGCACAUCUGCUGCCAGGAGAGACUGUUCCAGCAGUACUACCCCGAGGACUCUGCAGAGCUCAGCCUUGCAGGAGACACUGUUUGAGAGGACAGGGAUGGAGCUUUCUUCUCUGGGACCAACAUUCCAAGCACAGGCCUACCUUUAGCAGGGAAAAGUGGGAUCAAAGAGCUGAAUUCUCUCUCUUUGAAGAAGCCAAGCUUCCAAAAAGUGCCUUGUCCCUCUGCCUGCGCUGGAUCAGGAGGUGGUGGGAGCCCAAGGAGUGAGGUAAAGUGGUGAACCCUGGGGAUGGAGUCAUGUACUCCAGGGCAGUGUUCAAGACUGUGGAAGUGGAGAGCAAAAGCUGGAUAAAACCAUCACCCAACAUCCCUGUACUGUAUGUGAUUUUGUAACUGAUAUGUUUUUCUACAAAAAGAAAAAAAAUCAAAAUACAGUGAUUAAAAUCAUAAUUACUGAGGACUGGGAACUGCAAAAGGAGCCCUUUGGUUGUAGCAAAUCAUCCAAACCUGCCAUUGCACUGCUGCCCCAUGAGGUAUUGGGCACACCAGUGAUUGCAAAGGGAAUCAUUGCUCGUUAUCCAAAACCAGUAGGAAAGAACCACUGCUGGUUAAUCUGUACUGCCCCAGAAAAUUAGUCCCUCGUACUUGAGCAGAUACAACAAACUUCUUAGAAAUACUGACUUGAAAAAUCAGUUCAAGGUUUACCUUCUUUAAAAACAAGCCUCACUGUUUAAUAUCAACCAGUAUUCACAGAAGAGCUUGACCAGUCCUCGACUUAAAUCACAGGGUCAGAAGAGCUCUGCACAAGCCAGUGCAGGAAGCACAGCCCUGGCAGCCCAGAGCUGCUCGUGGUUCAUCAGCUGUCCCUCAGCAGCAGGAAAGCGCUGCCGAAACGGAGCCAGAGGUGAGAGAGUCCUGGGAAAAGGAGCUAAAGAGGAAACAAGGAGAGCUGUCAGGAGCAGAGAAACCAGGGCAGUGUUCAAGGGGUGCCAUGGAGCUCUUUGUGUGGGCUGGUGAUUCCAUGCCUGGCAGCCUGGGUGUGGAAGGAUGCAGUAUUUCUUUUCACUGGCCCUGAAGUUGUGACAAAGCUCAUGUGUGCAAAGGAUGAAGAAACGCUGAGUUCUGUAAUGUAACUGGGGUGUUCUUUAACUAUGUAUUUAUUUAAGGUAUUUAUAUUUAUUUAAUUUUUACUACAAAGUGGUAUCAAAUCCAAGUGGCACAGGUAUGAAACACGCCAAAUCAGUCUUAAUCGGUUUUGUGUUUGUAUUUAGUCACCUCGUAACAACUGGAAGAGGAAAGUGAUACUGCAUCUUUCAAUGGACUAAUUAAAGGAGAAAUUACAGAGUGGGAAUUUGUAUGACUGUGCCAUUGUGUCUUAAACUAAUAAAUUAUUGCCAGUACUGUGUAUGAUUGGGUGCAUACAGCUACUUUACAGGAAGCUUUUUUCCUAGUUUUAUAAUGUAUGAGAGCAAUUUACCUAAGAUGCCAAACUGUGCAGGUUACAUGUUUCUAAAGCUUGAAAAAAAAAAAAUGGUUAUUUUACCUAAGAAGAUUCAAAGCCUAUUUCAUAUUUUUGUACUUCCCAUGUAAAGUUCUUUUAUAAAUCUACUAAAUAAAGACUUGUACUCAGAUUAAAACCCCA